AUGGAUGACAACACAACAACAACAACAAUAACAGAUCAAUUGAAUUCUCUUCGUUCAAUUUUACGUUCAGAUGAUCAUCUUCAAAUUCAACCAUCAGGAGAUUAUGAACAAGUUCGAAUUAAACUUGAUUAUGAUAUACAAAUAAGUUUUUUCUUUGAUUCACUUAUUAAUUUAAAUAAAUCAUUAAAUAUUAAUAAUGUACAUGACUUACGUAUUAUUAAAAUAUCAAAUAAAUGUCCAUUAAAUAAUGAUCAAUGGACAAAUAUUCGAAAAUAUUUUGAUGAACUUAUUUGUAAACCAACUGAAACAACUUCACUUCAAUCAAUUAUUCAAUUAAUUCAAGAUUAUUUAUUAAAAAUGACAAUAAACACUGAAAAAUCAAAACAAAAAGAUAAAAAAUCAUCUGAAGAUAUGUCAACAAUGUUAAAUAAAUUUCGUGGUAGUGAUUUAAUAUUUAAUCGAAUAUUACAUGAUAAAACAAUUGAUCGAUCACAAGUUAUAAUUGGCUAUGAAGAUCGUUUUACAGGCGUACAUGAAAUUUCAUUUAAUGAAUUUAAAAAAGUUGAGAAUCAUGAGCAUGGUAUUCCAAUGCAUCGUGUUCGGUAUUUUAAAAUUAAUGGACAAAUUGUAUGGGAUCGAACAAAAAAGUUAGACAUUCUAACGGGUAGUGAUCAACUAAAUGGAACAUCUAAUGGUAACGGACAAAAAUCAGCUCUUGUACAAGGACUCUAUCGUUUUGAUCAAUCAUUUCAGCAAUGGAUUGAAUGUCCACAUAUAUCAUUAACAUCAGAUGAUUCUAAAAUACUAUCAACAAAUGAAACAUAUCUUCCUGAACGAUGUCAUUUUGUCACAUGGAAUAUUUUACUUGAUCAUUAUCAAUCAACACUUAUUUAUAAUUCUCAACGAUAUCGAUCAAUACUUGAUACACUUAAAUCACUUUUACCUGAUAUUAUUUGUUUACAAGAAGUAACUAUGAAUUUUCUUAAUCUUCUGCUAAAUGAAAUAUGGUUACAAGAAAAUAAUUAUUAUAUUAUUAUGAUGAAAAAUGUUAUUAAUAGUGAUCAAGAUAAAUCUUAUGGACAAUUAAUGAUGAUGAAAAAUUUUCGACCACGAUCAUUUUCAAUAUGUCCACUUGAAAUUUCAGAUGAUGGUAAUAAGACAAUAACAAAAGAAUUAAUCAUAGCUCGAUUUGAUUUAAAUACUAAAAUAACAAUUGAUCUUGUUAAUCUUCAUUUACACAAUGAUCGUUCUCAUAAUGGAAAUGAAAAACGUUGUCAAGCAUUAGAAAAUCUUUUUAAAAAAAUGAAAACAAAUAAUUAUAUGCUUAUUGGUGAUUUUAAUUUCGGAGAUUAUGAUUUAAAAGAACAAAAUAUUCUUUCAACAUAUGAAAAUGAAGUACAUGAUUUAUGGAAAGAUAUUUAUCAUCUUGAUCAAGUAAAUAAUGAAUUCUAG